CAAUUAUGAGGUCUACUCAACUACUAAUACUUUCAGAUCUUUGUAAUCUCUAUUUUCUUAUGCAAGAUUAGGCACAUUCAUUUUCCUCCAAGAUAAAUUUUAGUGCCAUAAAUAGGAAAAGAGGGUAAAGAUUAGCUCUAGUAAAGCAUAAUUUUAAUGCCAUUUGUUCAACUAUGACUGUCAAACUUUUCUGUUAUUUCCUAAUGAACCUGUUCCAAAUAAGAGCCCUUGCAAGUAUUUUCUCAACAACCAAGAACACCUAAUUUUGUCCAUGGCAAUUACCUGCUUUCUUUUCAUCCUCUUGGUGCAACUUUGCACCAUAUGCUAUGGAAAAUCCCUGCCCAAGUUCCCUGCCAUCCUCAUCUUUGGAGAUUCUACAGUUGAUACUGGCAACAACAAUUACAUCUCUACCAUAUUUCAAGGUAAUCAUCUCCCUUAUGGCGAAAACUUCCCUGGCAGAAUUGCAACUGGAAGAUUUUCAGAUGGAAAACUUGUUCCUGACUUUAUGGCUUCCAUGUUAGGCCUUAAAGAAUAUAUUCCUCCUUUCCUACAACCAUAUCUUUCAAACCAUGAUCUUCUAACGGGGGUCAGCUUCGCAUCUGCUGGCUCUGGAUUUGAUGACCUAACCACAGCAACAUCUAAAGCAAUCCCCAUGUCCCAGCAAAAAAAAUAUUUUGAGCACUACAUAGAGAAACUCCAGGGGAUUAUUGGAGAAGAGAAAGCUCAGAAACUUGUCAGUGCUGCUUUGUUUGUUAUCAGUGCAGGGACUAACGAUUUCAUCUUCAAUUUCUAUGAUAUCCCAACAAGGAGGCAUCAAUUUAAUAUAACUGGAUAUCAAGAUUUUUUGCAGAGUCUACUCCAAAACUUUGUUGAGGAUCUAUAUAAUCUUGGAUGUCGUAAGAUGCUUGUUGCUGGGCUUCCUCCUGUUGGUUGUCUUCCAAUACAAAUAACUGCAAAGUCCCUAUUUUUGAGGAAGUGCAUUAAAGAGGAGAACUUUGAUGCUCAAUCCUAUAAUGCGAAACUUGCUAGGCUGCUAAAAGAAAUACAAGCAGCACUUUUAGGAAGCAAAAUUUUGUAUUCAGAUGCAUAUCAUCCCUUCAUGCACAUGAUCAAGCAUCCAAAAAAAUAUGGAUUCGUGAAAACUAGACGUGGUUGUUGCGGCAGCGGCACAUAUGAAGCAGGUCCAUUCUGUAACAAACACCGUCCUAUCUGUAAAAAUGCUUCGAAAUACUUGUUUUGGGACAGUAUACAUCCUGGUGAAUCGGCCUACCGGUAUCUUUCCAAUAUGGCAAUGAAGAAACUAUUGCAUCAUAAGAUAUCACAUAACAAAUCUCAUUAAUAGACUUAUACAAACAUCAAGUUCCUUCUAAGCACUGAGGAACUGAAAACAGACAAAAAUUGUAUCGAAGCAUGACCUGCUGCUGAAAUUUUCUAUUAGGAUAUUCUUAUUAAAUAUUGAUAUGAAUGAAGUCUGCAUGCUUAAGUAA